AUGACACGACUCCGUACUCCUCUUGACGGUCUCCGAGAUCGCGGCGAUCACGCAGUUUCCCUGAUGAACAAAUUCAGAGACCUCAGCUCCCUCCUUGAUACACCUCCUACGAAUCAUCAAGAAGGGACCCCAAGAGUCAAUGUAGAAGCCGAAGCAAGCCAGUACCGACGUCUAGUGGAGGAGUGGAAUAAAGUUGUAGAAGAGAUUAGGAAUAUCGAUGGCUUCUGUCGCUUUUUACUUCCCCCCUUGUUCUCCGAUCUGCAAGAUGCAGCUCGUGAUGGGCCUAUUGUCGUGCUCAUCGCAAGCCACGUGAAGUCAUCUUGCGAUGCCAUUAUUAUCCCGCACAAGCAACCUCCGAUCACAAUCAAACUCCAUAUCAGUUUGGAGAAACUCUAUCAUUUGGUGUUCAAACUCCAACGGGCAAGUCAACCACAGGCCGCUCCCAACCCCCCCAAAGCUGCUCCCACACCCACACCCACACCCAAACCCGCUCCCAUAGUCACCAACUCAGCCCUGAUGAAAGCUUUGACAGAGUUAUGGGACGACGUCGUCCGCCCGGCGGUUGACAAUUUGGGCGGAUUUGCACCACCAGGUUCCCGGAUAUGGUGGUGCCCUACGGGUGCCUUCGAUUUCUUUCCAUUGCACGCUGCUGGCGCGUACAGGCAAGGUGGACAGCUCGCAGAAGUCAUGACAAAUCCCUGUCAGAAUCACCCAGCUGGUCAUUCAUUCACUUUGGAGUGUGUGGAGCCUGAACUAGAAUUGGUGCGGAGUCUUUUGCCCCCUCCUCCGACUGUUUCCUUCACCAAGAUAACGAGCGUUGAGGCAACGAAAUCGAGAGCAUUGGAUGCAUUGCGAGACAAUACCUGGCUUCAUUUUUCGUGUCAUGGGACACAGAACUAUACAGAGCCCUUCAAUUCGGCCUUUCUCAUGCGCGACCAACCGCUUUCACUCCUCGAUAUCGCACAAAUGGAUCUGUCUCGGCAUGAAUUUGCCUUUAUUUCUGCCUGUGAAACCGCAGUCGGUGACUAUCGUACUCCUGACGAAGUCAUACACCUGGCGGCUAGCCUUCAAUUUGCUGGGGUACAGAGUGUAGUUGGGACAUUAUGGGAGGUCAACGAUAGUACGGUGCAGCGCUUAGUCGAGGCAUUCUACAAGAACUUGUGCGGGGAUGGCAAAAUGAAUUCCAAGCGGGCUGCCCGUGCGCUGCAUCAAGCGGUCCAGUCGUUGGCUAGUGACAAGGACAUGCCAUUGGAGCAGCGCAUAGUGUUCAUGCAUAUUGGCAUAUGA